AUGGAGGAGACUGACUCGGCGCUAACUGAGCGUCCGGUGAAGCGGGUGCGUCAGGCCUGUGAGCCUUGCAGACGCAAAAAGGCUAAAUGCCCUGGAGAGCAGCCGAUCUGCACUCUGUGUGCCAGACUGCAUCAAAAAUGUCUGUAUGCCGAAGAACGGCGUCGGCCACCUGCUCCCGAGAACAACUCAACUCUCCAUGUUCCAGAUCAUAGCACCUCGCGGGCUCUGUGUAUCACUUUACAGGAAGAUAGACUACGAAGCCUUGAAGGAAAGGUGGGAGAAGUCCUUGAUGUGCUUGGUGGCAGCUCAAGAGCUGAGCCACCAAUGGCGACGGAGACUCUCCUGCCUACAGUCAUAUUACCUGGAUCAGGUCCAUCCGCUGUCUUGCCACCAUGGGAAGAAAUCGUGCCCAUUGCAGAGCUAUAUCUACUCUAUUGUGAUUCCCAGCCUCUGCCACUGUUUCAUCGGGGCACAUUUCUUGCCACUCUUCAGAUGCGUGAGCCUGAGAUUAUUUACGCUAUGCUGGCUCUAAGCUUGCGGUUCUCAGAUGCUUAUACCGAUAUCAAUGAACUCAUCGAACUUGUGAAUGGCUACGCAGAAGUGGCUCGCGGUCUCGUCAUGAAAAGAAUCGCCGAGGGGCCAGUAGAGCUCUCGACACUGCAAUGCCUAUGUCUUUUGAGUUUGGUUGACUUUACGAAUGGCAGCACCCAUCGUUCAAGUAUCCACAGUAGCCUUGCAAUGAACCUUGCACAGUGCGCGAACCUUGGUUCUGAGUCACGCUCCUCGAUGAGUGCGAUGGCUCGCGAAGAGCGCCGGCGCUGUUUUUGGAGCAUCUGUCUCCUCAAACGACUACAUGGUGGCGAAUUCUCUCUUCUUGAUGUGCCCCAGGACGGAGGCCCUCCUUAUCCAGCAAGCCCAACACUUCCAGCCCGGCUUCUUUCUCCAGGCCCGUCCACUCUAGAGAUGCGCAGAAGCGAUAUUCAGGAUCAAGGCAUCAUCACCUACGUGAUAAUGCUGAGCGAGGUAUUUGCCAGAACGACACGAUAUGUUCGGCUUCAUGGCCGACCCAGCAAUGUUCCACCGUGGUCUCCGCAUUCUGAAUACUCCAAAAUCCUUAACUUGCUGAUGGAAAUCGAGACACGCGUGCCUUACACACACCGCUUCAAGCCCGCCAAUCUCGGUGAGCGGUCUCUCGAGGAACUACAGGCUAAUCGGGAGUACUGGGGCCCAUGGUUCCUGAACCAGCUCAUGUACCACACUAUUUUGUGCCUCCUGAAUCACCCCCUUCUGCUUUCUCUGAGUCUUCGCAAUUUCCGAAGCACGAUCCCUGAAAUCUUCCUCCAGCAUACUUCCGACUUGAUCUCCUCGCACACGACCUGGAUCCUUCAUUUCCUCAACUACUUCGAAGAGAAAUCGUUUUUGGUAUCGGAUCCGCUACUGGGAUAUUGCGCUGCCGUCGUGGCAACCAUCGAGCUGCAGCUGAGCUUCACCGAGAAUCCCACGAUCAGGGAGCAAAAACGAGAUAGGUUCGCCAAAUGUGUCAGAUUCGUACAGCAAACAGGUGAGAGGUGGCCCCAUAUGGCCCGAUUGGCACAUCGACUGCAGCGGCUGGAAGACGCCGUCUCAGCAACCUACCAGUCCGACCCAGGCGCACAAAACCAGAGCCUCCUCAUCGAUCUUUCUCGAUUCUGGGAAAUUCUUGAAUAUCCGUCCAACAGUGACUCCGACUCUGCUCGGCGUCUGUUUGGAAACUCGCUCUAUGCCGGGCCUACCUCAGCCGCUGGAGAAGUGUCUCAAACGUCUCCCUUGCCUGCUCCGACUCGCUUGAAUGCCCAGGAAGAUGCCCCAUCUGGCCUCCGGCCUGAUGGAUUCUCUACCAAUACUGCUUUCCCGAGCUCCCAGGUUUAUUCGGGCAGCUCGAUUGUCUCGCCACAGCAAUUGAGUCUCUCGAAUGAUGAGUUUUCUAUUCUUGCGACGAAUUUCUUUUCGCAGGGGCAGGAAUUUCUUCGCAGUGGUGUCAAUUGGGAGGAGAGUAUUGGCAAUUUCUAG